AUGGCAACCUCCCUCCCACCCCUAGCCCCCUUCCCCACGCCAUCAUGGCGCGCAAAACUCACACCUCCAGAAUGGGAAACCCUCCUCAAAGCCUGGGCGACCCUGACGCAAGCCUACCUCGCCCUCCCAGAUAAAGACCUCGCCCGCGCCGCCGCAAAAGAACACGCCUCCAUCCCAGCCUUCCUCUCCUCCUUUACAACACAAGUCGCCGAAACAGGACCCUCACCAACCCUUGGAUCCUCCUCCUCCACGACAUCAAAGGCCCUACUGAGGUCAACAUUCACACUCACGUCCCGCCUUCUCACAAACCCGACAACAUCACCGCCAACACCCCUAACAACAGCCCCCUUCCUCUGCGCCUUUUCAACGCUCUACCGCAAAAAUGCGCCGCUCACACUCUCGAAAGCCUUUACCCUCCACGUCAGCGUCCUCGAGCACCCCCUAGCAGGCCUCAAAAAGUCCCUCGCGCAAUCAAUGGAAGCAGGUCUCAAAGCAGAUCUGAAAUUCCUCGAGGCCCACCUCACGAACCUGAACCAUUUACUCCACGCCUCCCCGCACGCAGCAGCCUUCUUCCUCGCCGGCUCAGAUUUCUUCGAUGGCCUGGUGACGGCAUUCAAAAUUACGAACCCGCCGCUGCGCAAGGUCCUCGUCGCGACGAUGUACCUCUGUCUCAUUGGCCUUACGGAGGGCGAGCAGCCUCGUUUCGGGAUGCUUGCUGACGUGCUGUUUUCGCUAAAGUCUGCUGCUGAGACGCAUAGGACUGGCCCGUUGAACGUUCAUGAUUCGCUUGUGGCGGAGUUGGUUACCGUUACGCCGGUGCUGAAGCAGUUAUCCAAGAGGGCCGAAGAGAAGGGCGCGGCGUCGACGGCGUUAAAGUCACGUAUUUCGGCGCUAGAGGGAUUCAAGAAGCCUGGUGGCAGAAUGAUGCGGCCAAAGAGGCUCGUCAAGCGAAAGGUUGACAAAGGCAAAGGGAGAGAUGUCGCGGAGGAGGGACAGGUUCAGGCGGAAAUGCACAUGCACCGGCAGAGUCAGAUUUCACUCAUCCAAGAUCUGUUUCCGGAUCUGGGGUCGGGGUUCAUCUCGAAGCUGUUUGAUGAGUAUGGCGACAAUACGGAGAUUGUUACGGCUCAUUUACUAGAGGAUUCGUUGCCUCCGCACCUGGCGGCGAUGGACCGCUCUGCUCCGUUAUCCCCCACGUUGGAAAGAAGGAAAAGCCAGCUCGAACCCAGACCAACGCCACCGCAAUUACCUGAACGCCACAAUGUGUUUGACGACGAUGAACUCGACAGAUUGGAGCUGGAUGUUUCCAGACUCCACUUUGGAAAGAAAGGACCUGAAAAGACGGCCGAAGACGUACUCAAAGACAGAUCCACUGCGCCGAAUAAGGCGGCCAUCUUGUCUGCACUCGCCGCAUUCGACUCGGAUGACGACGAACGUGACGACACCUACGAUGCAGACGAUGUUGGAGGCACGGUCGACAACGCCAACGAGGAGGCAGAUGGUUCAAAGGAUGCUAGCGAAGAGACGCUGUACAAGGCGUUCCAGGCCGAUCCUAAUGUAUUCGACAGGCAGGCUACGACGAGGAGAGGCCCGGCAAGAGGAAAGUUGAGGGAAGAGACGGGCAUGACCGACGAGGCUAUUGAGGGCUGGGCGCUGAUGCUUGUGAGGAACCCGGGCCAGAAGCGUCGACUCGACGCCAAGUACAGCGGCGCCGCUGCGUUUACUGGUACCCAGACCGAGAUUCUGUCAACGGCCUGGCGAGCUAGUCCGGCUGGCUCAGGUGCCGAGGAUUCUGAGACCGGUGGUGGCAGCUCAUCACGAGGCGGCGGAGGCGGUCGUGGACGAGGAGGUCGCGGUCGUGGUGAAAGAGGGGGCGGAGGCCGAGGAGGUGGGAACGUGGCCGGCCCCACUGGUGAAAAGGAGACCGAGGCCGCGCGGAGGAGAAAAGAAGCUAGCAAGAGCUCCCGGGCGAACCACAAUCGCCGCGACCAGAGGGCCAAGAAGAUGGCGAGAGGUGGAUUCCCUGGCUGA